GUGUGGUUGGGUGGGUGGGUGUCUACUUGAACCUUCAAUUGAUUUCCCUUCAUCCAUUUUUCUCUUUUCAUGCUUUCCAAUCAAAUAUAUAUAUAUAAUAAAUACUAUUCUUCUUCAAUUUCCCUCCCUAUAAUUCCAUUUCUUCUCACUCAUUCAGUCUGUGUCUGUCUAUCUUCUUCUCCGAUCUCUGAAUGCAUCAUCUCACAAUCUCUCUCCAAUCCCCAAUUCGAAGCAAUGGAUUUUCUCCAUAUCAAAUUGUUCUCCAGAACCCUAGACUAUUUCAUACCAUUUUCCCCGAUGUUUUGCAAUACAGCCGGAGAAAUCAUUUUUCGAUCUUCAACUGUAGGGGAGUAGAAUUCUCGGCUCCCAAACGCUGCCUUAAUUCACUGAGCUUAGCCGAUAAUGGUUCUGUAGAUGAUGAGAGAUUGAGAAGCUGCGUCGCAAUGAAGAACGUCGAUGUGGCGACUCUCGGAAACCUUUGUGUGGAUAUUGUUCUCAAUGUCCCCAAGUUGCCUCCCAAGUCGUUUCAGGAACGGCUAGCUUAUAUGGAAGAAUUGUCCAAGUCACCGCCCGAUAAGCAAUACUGGGAAGCUGGUGGUAACUGCAAUAUGGCCAUAGCAGCAGCAAGACUGGGACUUCAUUGUGUUGCAAUUGGUCAUGUUGGUGAUGAAAUGUAUGGCCGCUUCCUCUUAGAUGUUCUCCAUGAUGAAGGAAUUGGUACGGUUGGGAUGAGUGACCUGAAUGACAAUGUUGACAGUUCAAGUGCUGCAUAUGAGACACUUCUAUGCUGGGUUUUGGUGGACCCUUUUCACAGACAUGGUUUUUGCAGAUGGGACAGCAUUUUUUUUUAUCCUGGACCACGAGGAAAGACCCAAGUGACAGGAACACCAGAAGAACAGAGAGCACUUGACAAGUUCUUGAGGAUGAGUGAUGUUCUUCUACUAACGUCUAAGGAGCAAUACUGGGAAACUGGUGGUAACUGCAAUAUGGCCAUAGCAUCAGCAAGACUGGGACUUCAUUGUGUUGCAAUUGGUUAUGUNGCAAUUGGUCAUGCUGGUGAUGAAAUAUGGGACAACAUUUUUUUUUAUCCUGGACCACGAGGAAAGACCCAAGUGACAGGAACACCAGAAGAACAGAGAGCACUUGACAAGUUCUUGAGGAUGAGUGAUGUUCUUCUACUAACGUCUAAGGAGGAUGAAUCAUUGACUGGAAUAGGAAAUCCAAUACUGGCAGCCCAGGAGUUGCUCAGGAAAAGGGUCCGCACAAAAUGGGUGAUUGUUAAAAUGGGUGCAAAAGGCUCAAUUCUAAUAACCAUGUCAAAUAUAUCUUGUGCACCUGCAUUCAAGGAAACACCCACUAUGACACAGUUAUGGCAUAGUGUCCAGCCUGUAGAUCUGGACACUAUUGAUAGCUCACCUGGUCAAGAAUUUUCUCUUGAAACUGAGCAUGAACAGUUUGGGUAUCGGAAAUUACGAGCCUUUGCUCAGAAUUUGAAUUCAUAUGUCUCAUAUCUGCUUGGGCUUAAAUAUAGUGUUUCUUGUUUUCUCCGACUGCUACUUGGGAAACUUGCAUUGGGGUAUCGGAAAUUACGAGCCUUUGCUCAGAAUUUGAAUUCAUAUGUCUCAUAUCUGCUUGGGCUUAAAUAUAGUGUCUCUUGUUUUCUCCGACUGCUACUUGGGAAACUUGCAUUGGUUGACUUACAUGGCCUUAACCAUCAAGAGAAGCUUGCUUUUUGGAUCAACACUUACAAUUCGUGCAUGAUGAAUGCCUUUCUAGAACAUGGAAUACCAGAGAACCCUGAGUUGGUGGUUGCACUGAUGCAAAAGGUAUUUCCAAUCCAGCCAAUCCUUCCAUUCAUGCAUUUAUACUGUCAUAUUCUGGUGUGGAAACAUGUUGUCCGGAAAGGGGAUGCGGUUGUUAAUGCCACUUGUGGAAAUGCGUAUGACACCUUGGUAAUGCUCAAAAUGGUUGCUGAUCAGUCAAAGAGAGGUCGUGUUUAUGGAAUGGAUGUUCAAAAAGUUGCUAUAGAAAGCACUUCAUCUUUGUUAGAUUAA